CGAACAGUUGUGUAUAUGAGUUCUUAGUAGUCAGUUGUGAGUUUAAUUCAAAUUAUAUUUAUAUAUUAGAUCAAAAUGCUGCUUCUGCUAUUCCUGACAAUAAUUGGAACAGUUUACUCUGAAAACUGUUCAUAUAUAUACAAUGGAUCGCCAUACGAUAGAACAGCAGUUUUAACGAUAAAAGGAUUACCAACGAAUCUAGUGAUUAAUCCAGUUAAUGAUGAUCUUCACUUCACAUUAAUAGAUCUAGACAGUCUACAGAAUGACAGAGUUCAAACUAAAAUGGACCAGUAUGUAUUCAGUAAAGGCCAGCCAAUCAAAAUUGAUAAUGUAAACGGACAAGCAGCUGCAGUAGAUGUAAAGAAUAAGAAGACUUAUAUAGCUAGUGACGAUGGACUUUAUUACUUAGAUGAAAACAAUAAAGCUCAAUUUCAAAGUCUUAAAGACGAUGAUAUAGUUCAACUCUUCAAACCACCAAGCGAUGAUAAACUAUACGCAGUGUUCUUCCCAGAAAAUGAAGUAUACGUAAUUGAUAUUAAAAAGAAUGAGAAGAAGAAAGUUGAUAAUGUUCCCUGCGCUUUCAUUCUAGCAGUUGAUGCUCAAGAUAAUAUUUAUUACGAAUGUGAUUCUAAGUAUGUAAAAGUUAUUCUUAAAGGUUUUCAAGAACCGAUAGAAUUUGUGGGAAUAGCUAAGAAUUCUGCUAGAGCAAUAGCCGUGGAUUCUUAUAACAGGGUUGUAUUAGCUACUAACGAUGGCCUUUAUUGGGUCAAGCCUGAUAAUGUUAUUCCUUCUAAGUUCAUGGACCUGGACUAUGUGCCUUCUGGAUUGGCAUUUGACUAUGAUGAUGUCUAUGUCGCAGCCAGCGGAGUCAUCUAUAAGUACAGUGCUAGCGGUUGUAAAUGAGUAAUAAAUUUUUUAUUAAGUAAAUGUUGUUGAAUUUUUA